UGUAAUGCAACUUUACUCUAGUUGAGUUCGAGAUUGCGUCCGCUGCAUGCGUUUCGUAACGCAAACGCGUCUCCUUUGUUCUGUUAACAUUAAAAACUUAUUGUGAAAAUGAAAGUUUUACAAAUAUAGUUAUCAAUUACGUUGUGAAUGGGCGAGGUCACCCUCGAGUGUUUGUGCGUUAUAAUCAAAAACGGAGCGCGCAGACUCCGACUCGACUGGGGCGCUGGAAUCAAAUAAAUCGCGUGUUAACAAACUCAAGAUUACGUUGCCAGGGACUGUACGACAGUUUAUAAAAGAGUUCCUCAGUGUGCUAUGGAUACCUAUUGACAGAUAAUGACUUUGGAUAGCGGGUUUAAGUAAGGUGCAUGCAAAGCCGGCCUUUGCUUGUAGUAUAUGAGAGUGAGUGGUGGACGGUGAGUCACUGCAGUGCGAUGUGAACGGGCGAGGAAUGAUGGACGUGCAACUGAGUGAACAGACCAAGUGGCAUCGUGGAGGCUUCCUCUCCACUCUCAAUAGAAGUUUCCGACUGGCCACCAAGUCUAAAAGCUCCAAUACUUCCCCUGUAGAAAACAAACCUCCUAUACAAAGUCUGGACAUGACCACGACGGGUCUAAAUACGACAAUUGAGACGCCAACAGCAUUGCGGCCGUUAGAAAUUGUAGCUCCCAGAAUAGAUACAUACAGAUUCUCAAUGGCUAACUUAGAGGAAACGCAAGACGCCGACUUGGACGCCAUACUUGGGGAACUAUGCGCGCUCGAUUCCGAAUAUGACGAGGAAAUAUCUAGAGUAUCUACAGAUUAUUCUUCACAAUCCAAAGAGAGAGGGGACAACGAGGCUCCACCGCGACAGGAACGCAAAGAAUGCAGCGAUGGCGCCUCCAGUGUGGCGCGAACGGACUCUCCUGACAAUGAUUCCGCUUUUAGUGAUACAGUAUCAAUGCUAUCGAGCGAGUCGUCUGCUUCCAGUAGCGCUAGCUCUAAGUGUAAAGCAAUGAAAUUAACUUUACUUCCAAAUCAGAAGUUCUUAGACCAUAAAAUACGUUCACAGGAUGAGGUUUUUCAACAGAAGGCGGACAAAAUUAAGUUAGCGCUGGAGCGUAUGAGAGAGGCCAACAUAAAGAAACUGUUCAUCAAAGCCUUCUCUACGGACGGCUCCUCGAAAAGCUUAUUAGUUGAUGAAAAAAUGACAUGCGGCUACGUCACAAGGUUGCUCGCAGAUAAAAACCAUGUCACAAUGGAGCCAAAGUGGGCUAUAGUAGAACACCUGCCUGAUUUGCAUAUGGAACGGGUGUAUGAAGACCACGAGAUGCUAGUCGAUAAUCUAAUGCUGUGGACGCGGGAGUCCAAAAAUAGAAUCCUAUUUGCCGAAAGACCAGACAAAAUAUCACUUUUCCAAAACCCUGAAAAGUUCCUGCUUACUGAGGAUGACAGGGGUUGGUCUAGUGAACACGACGAACAUUCGCGUCAAGUGUUAAUAGAAGAAUUCUUCGGACAUAGUAGCGCCACGUCAGUUGCCCCAUCCGUAUCGGGACACCCUGUGCCACCAAUGGAAGGCCCUCUCUAUCUAAAAAGUGACGCCAAAAAGGGAUGGAAAAAGUACUAUUUCGUCUUAAGACCAUCCGGACUGUACUAUUUACCGAAAGACAAAGUGAAGACGUUGAAGGAACUCGUCUGUUUGGCUACAUUCGACAACAACGAAGUGUAUUUAGGAGUGAAUUGGAAGAAGAAGUACAAGUCGCCAACAGACUACUGUUUCGCUAUCAAACAUCCAAGACUACAGCAGCCGAAGAGUGUGAAGUUCAUAAAGUUUCUGUGCGCAGACGACCAGAGAACGUUGGAGAGGUGGAUCACUGCCAUGCGAAUAGCUAAGCAUGGCAGGCAAUUGCUGGAAAACUAUCGAUCACUUGUGGAAGAAUUGACACAAGAAGACUUGGAUCAUUUGGCUCACGCCCGAUCUUGUUCUAUAACUUCAAUUCCUACAAAAACAAAUGGCACGGUGCCAGGAGGGGUCAAUAUACCCACGCAGUCUACUUCGAGCAAUGUCAGUGUUGCCAACUCCGAUAUCAGCAGUGGAAGACACUCCCGUGCUUCAUCGUCGAGCUCAAGCGGUUGUCUCUCCGAUGGCGGAACUGCGUCAGAAAGCGCAUUUGAUUGCGAGUUUCCUAUGGGCACAAUAAAACGGAAACCUUCAAUGAAACCAAAUAUUCCUCUAACUUGGAUGACACGACAAUUAAAAGAAAUGGUCGAGAACGAGGGUGAUACGGAUCCCGGCGACUCCGGCACGCUUACGAGGCGAUCACGACCACGAGACGAUUCUACUCUCAAACGUCACCACUCGACGACUACAGAAACGUCAGACACACCAAUCUACAGCACUGGUAGCAUCACAUCCAGUAGCCCCAGUCGUAAUGAACAAUCCUCUCCGUCCUAUGGUAUUUACGAAACCAUCGCGCGAGACCCUUACAGAGCUAGCGUCGACACCGCGUCUUCACUCUACGGAUAUACUAUAUACGACAAGACGCAACAAGUACAAGAAAUUGCUGUGGAGGAUCUGCCGCUGCCACCUCCUCCAACAGAUGACGUUCCCGAUGGAAUGUUCAGUUCAACUCUAAGUCUAGACUCAUUACCACCUCCCCCGCCGCCUCUCGAGCCUAUCGAAGACAUUUGCGGGUCUCAACUAAGUCUACCGCCACCUCCACCAGAACACACAAUAGAAACUCACACAGGACGUGUGCAAGACAUCGUUAGUCAGUUAACAGCGCAGCAAAUAGAACAAGCUGCUCGAGCUGGGCAGAAAAACGUUAGUAAUGUUACAGAGACAAGCCGCUCUUUCCCGAGACAACCAUCUUUAGACAGUGUCAACUCCGAAAACUCCAAAACCUCCUCUCAUCAUUCCGACAAAAGUAUUUAUGGGCAACAGAAUGUGGCGUACGGUGCUUGCCUUGUGGAAUUACAGACCAAGAAACUCAGUAACGGCAGCCCUUCUAUACAGAAGAAAAUUACAGAACCGGUGAAAGAGCGAUCUAGCUCCAUGAAGAAAGUUAACUUCGCAGAUGAUCUCCCAACUUGUUCAGAAAAGAAAACCAAGAAAAUAUCCUUUAAUUUAACAGACGCGCCACCGUCACCACGGAAACCACCACCGCCGAAGCGCAAUGAAAGCACCCGACUGUCUUCUCCUAAAAAACUAGCUGAUUCAAAUAGUAACCCACCCAAAGAUUUUCUUAAAGACCUGCAAAGAGUGAUGCGGAAGAAGUGGCAGGUGGCACAGAAAUGUAAAUUGGAACCGGCAACGACACCGCACGAGGUACUAGGGUUUAGAGAAUAUCCGCUAUCCGAUGAUUAUAAGGAAACAAGUGUCUCUAUGUGGGUACAGGAGCAUUACGGGAGCGGAGUUGAGGAUCCAUUUUACGAAAACGUUUUUGGGCGAGAAGCGCCGCCACGACGCGAGGAGCCAAAGCCUAUUAAGAAGCGACCGCCCCCGGCGCCUCCUCGACGAAGCGAUUCUACACAUUUAACAACACACCCAGGAUUACCGGCUCCUUCUCAUUCCUCGCUGCCUGCACAUCCUUCUGCGGUCCAACCGACCGCUUGAGACCGCCUGAACAUAUCGCUCGCGCUCUGUGGAUUCGCCUGUCGAAUGUGUGAUACGCGUAAUUCAAAUCGUUAGAACUCUACGACGAACAUUAUGUUGUGAGUGACGAGGGACUCGCGAGUGAUGAGUGAUUAAUGAAUGAACUCCCAAUUUAUGAUAUCAAUGUAAACGCCACGUGUAUCGCGUUGUACGAGUAGUAGCAAUUUUUUGCACGUAAUUGCAUAAAUGUAGUGAUUUUAUGUAGUAAUGGAAGUCUCGACGACUUCCCGAUGUAGCUAAUUCUCAUGUGGUCUGACAGUAUAAAUAUUCAGUCAACCAUUUUUGUUUCCUUUAAACGAUGGAACUCAGUUCUCAUUUAAAUGUUUUAAAAUAUGACCAAUGGUAAUUGUGAAGGUUCUAGAUAAGGUUGGAUCAAGUUUGAGGUAAAUUGUAUGGCGGUGCUAUUAUGAUAAAAAGAAAACCAAAAUAUCUGUAUCACGAAGCUAUGACAAGUAUCUUUAUAAUAAUUAUGUAUAAGACUAUGUAUUUGUCAUUUGUUGUACUACGCAGGUCUGUAAAUUAACAAAAUAUUUUUUUUAAUAACGCACAAAGAAAAAAACAUUUUUGAACAAAAUUCCAAUGUAAUAAUAUUACAACAGAAUUACGACAUUGUAAAUAUAUUCGUUAAAUGAAUUUACUUAUAACAAUUUUAUCCAUUAACUUGAAUAUAAAUGCAAGAACGAAGCACUGAUAGUUUCGUUGACAAAACUUAAGACUACUGGAUUAUAUCAAACAUGCAUGAUCGUGGAUCAUCCAUCUCGAUGGAUAAUCCUGCAUAUUUGAUGCAUCUUGCUUGCAAAGACGAUAAGACAUAAACCACAGAAAUUAAUACAUAAUAUUAAUUGUUGAUAAUACCCUACUGUAUAUCACCACCACCAAAAAAUCAAUUUUAAAGGGAAGUUUAAUCAAAAAUCAAAUAAUCGAAGGACUUUUUUACAACAACAAUAAUAUAAUUAUAAAUUUAACAAUUCAUUAUUUUGUUAGUAUAUGAAGAAAUACAAUGACAAAUGUAUUCCUAUUUUGUGCCAUAGUUAUGAAACUUAGAAUAAGAUUUUUUUUAUAUAAAAUUAUACAUGACAGAUUUAAUUUUCAUAAUUUUCGGCGUCGCAUAUUUGUAAGUAGACAGAAAUUUUGAAAACCAAGCAUCUCGUAAUAAUAUAAUCGUUUUAUGUACCUAGCUUAUGAUAUUGUUUAAGUAUUUUGUAAAAAAAGUAAGUUUUUAUUAAAUAUAUAGGUAUUACAAUAAGGUACAUGUGACAAUAUUGGCGAUUAUGCGAUCCGCAUUGCAAAAUAUUCAAUGACCUUAACGUAAUGUACCUUAUCAGCCAUACAUUGAAAUUUGGCCAUGACCUAAAGCAUGCGGCUCGCGUAUAUGGACGAUAACCUUAUAAAUCCAAUCAUUGAUCUCACUCCUGUGCAUUCGCACGAGAGAUUUUUUAACGGACGUUAAAAAAGCGUGCAAAUACAGCAAAUGUAUUCCCAAAUAUAUUGUCCGACGACAACGUUUAUAAAACACGACGUUCUUUUUCGAACAGUGUUGCAUUUUAAAUUUUUAGCGUUGGAAAUAGACUUUCAUUUAACUUCAUACUAUAUUUGAACGCUUUUGUAACGUCCGUUAAAAAAACUCUCGUGCGAACGAGGACUUAUGAUAUCCAUUUUGUUUUGGGCUGUGAUUUUGACCAAUAUAAUGAGAUCGAACUAUGAAUUAUCAUAAGCCUUUUAAAUUCAGAUUCUAUUAUUAUUUAUGUCUACUUAAUUAAUAUUUCUAAUUAAAAUUAAAAAUAUGUAGAAAUGAUCGUCUUUUUAAAUUGAAGUUGAUUGCACAAAAACAGUCGUAUGGCGUGCCUAAUGUUACCUAAACUCCGCGCCACGAAACAAGUCCCCCAGACGCGGCGCUAAUGUCAUAAUGGUGCUCAGUGUCAUUUGGUAAUGGCGGUCUUAUUGUCAUUUGUGUAAGACGCUGUCAAUCUUAGUUCAGGUUUAUUGACUUCUUUCGUGGCGCGGAGUUUAUAUUGGGCAUCCCAAUUGACUUGACUUGAAUUAACAAAGACUUGACUUGAAUUGACAAAGGCACAUAUAGACACAUAGUGCCGCAACUUUUCUUACCUGGUGGUCAAAAUUGGAACUAAAGUCGUGGCGGUCGCCAUUUUGCAAAAUAUUAUACUAAAAGCGUGACAAUAGCGACACCCUCGGGCCAGAAAGUAUAAAUAUUACUAUCAAAAUAUAAAUAAUAUUUUGAUAGUAACAUAUGCACUACGAAGCCGGUUCAUUCGAUGUGUGCCAAUUGUUAAUAUCAUUAUGAGUAAAAUCAGAGUUUUCUUAAAUUUAAAGAUAUAAAAAAUGUACCUAACACAAUUUGAUUUAACUUCAGAUACAGUGAAACUAAAACAAUAUAGAAUAAUUUUGGCACAUUAUAUACAUAGUUUAUAAGUAAGAUGAUAUCCGCGUAUACUGACACUGAUCGGGCGGACGCAUCGAUCUAUUAAAAAGUAGAUGCACAAUCAGCGACCAAAAAACGUCCCCACUCAAUGAGUGCCAAACACAACUGCUUGGCACUCAUUAAAGGUUUUUAGAUAUAAUUUUUAAUACUAAAACUGUCAAAGCGAAAAUGGCCAGUUUUAAGUGAAUUUUUUUACAUGAUUGUGCGUCUUUUUAUUAAAAAAAGGUCAAUGGGUGCACAUAAUAAAAGUGUACCCGCCAUAAUAGAACAAUAUUUUAAAGUGCAGUCGAACUUAUCCCAAUGCUUUUAUUAUUAAUAUAUAGUGUUUGUACUUUUAUACAUGGAACGGUAGUUAAUUUAGUUGAAUGUUUAAGAGGCUUAUGAAUUUAAAAGAUACAAGAAUAAUAUGGACUUGUAACGUAAAUGUAGACGUACUUACUUAGAAAUCGUAAUUUUUAAUAGAUGUGCUUUAUGGUCCUAUUUUAUAUAUCAAUAAAACAUCGAAAUACAUUUUUUUGGCACUGAAGCAAAAUAUGUUACUCAAGCAAAGUAAUUUGGCGAUUACGUUACGGCAUCUACGAUUAUACCUUUGUCAAUGGUUUAAGGAUUAUGAAAAAAACGACAGACUGACUGAAUUAGCAGAAUUUAUCUAGAAUAAUUGCUUGACUACGUCUAAUUAUUGUGUUUUAAUGCGGCCGCUAUUGAAAAAUAUACAGCGUUGAUAGUAAGCAGAAAUAAUUAUACUUAGUAGAAAUUAUGUAUGUAAUAUUGUUCCAAAAAAUCCAUCCAAGUUACACACAGCCCAUAAGACUGAAAUUCUAACCGACUUAGACAAUAAAUUUGCGUCCAAAACAUGUUCCGGAUCCUUAUGGAGAAUUAUACAAUAAUAUACGCAAAGUUCGCACAGUUGAUACAAGCCGACAAGAAUAGCUAAUUGUCAUCAAAUUCUUACUGUAUCUAUAUUUGAUUACAAGGCAGCAAUAUUGCAGCAUAUUGAAAUUAUGUAGAGAACGGUUGCCUGGAAUCGUACUAUUUCCACAGCAACCUUAUUCUACAUAUAGUGCCUUGUAGGUCAAAUGACUACUUUUAUUUAUAUCUUCAAAUGAAACCACUCAUAUUAUAUCGAUCGAACUUUACUUGAGAAGUUCGUUUGAUGAUGUAUACCUAAUAUUGACAAUAUUUUUUACCCAUUUAUGUCACAAAACAAAAAUGCGAUGCAACGAUGCACCGCUAAAAUCUACGAGUUCAAAUGAUGUAAACAUUUAGGAAUUCAUUCAAAUUACAUGUUCGUCGAGAAUGAGGUACUUUUCUAUAAAAAACGCAUCGUAGCGAUUUUCGUCGCAAUUUACCGCUUAUCAAAAUAUCUCCCACAUUAAUUCGUAGUUUUGUGUUUUCUGGUAUGCUAUGGUAUGGAGACUACUUUCCAGUUAUUGUGCGAACUUUGUGAACUUCAUUCCUUAAAACAGUAAUAUCCUUUUAUUUUUUUUUUGUAUUCGCUAAUCUGUUUUUCGUCUGUUAGUAAUCAUAUCACUUCUAAAACUAGACAGUUAAUGGUCAUAUUAUCACGAAGUAUUUAUAUCGGAACGAUCUUUCUAUGCAAAGAUAAGGUAAUUAUGUAUUUUGCAAGUUGUUAACACUUUACCUUCUACAGAAACGCUAGGACAAACGUCUAUCGGGACUGCUAGUAUCAUAAUAUCUUUAUCAUGUAGCGUAACUAUGCAAAAUCGUAUUUUUUUUAUGGAACUUUACUUAAGCUCCAACUCUCUCUCUACGAAACAUUUACUUGGAUUUUUUAUUUUUCUUAUAGUUGACAUUUUAGAUCUGAAUAUAUCCUCUUCUAUUUUAAUAUGUUUGUAAAAUUUAACUAACAGUUUAAGUUCUUCCUUCUUUAGCAUAACCUACCAAGUAAUUUUUUAUUCGACAUGACAAAAUCUAUUCGAAGAGUAGGUAAUUAUAUAUAUUUCCACUAUUAUUUUUAUUUGUAAAACAAUAAAUGGCUUUUAAUAUAACUAUAAAACAUUACCUAGUGAUUUUUAUAACUUGUAGUAUAGUAUACUAUAUGUUCUUAUUUUUAUAUUUAAUUUUAAAUAAUUUAUUUAUUUUUCAUUGUUUCUGGUAUCUAUGCAAUUUAUUUUCUUCUGUAGUCUUGGGCUUUCGAAUAUCACAAUUUUUAUUUAAUUAAUUUACUACUUUUUUAAUUGUUCUAAUUGUCUCAGUUUAAAUGUAAAUUCAGUAAAAAACUGACAUCAACCCAUACAUCAAUCUUUGCAACAUUUAAUAAUAAAUAUUUAUGGAAUUAUUAAUGUCAUAUAAACGAACCAUUUAAUGAGUUUAGGAGGCUGUAUCAACAUUUCUAUAUUUCAUGAUUAGACACACAUUUAGACAAGAAACGCACAUACCUGCGUAUUCGCACGACGCUACCCGUAAAUAUGUGUUACGACCCUAAUGGCAGCUUAAAACAUUAUUCAACAAUACAUUUAAAAGUAAAUAAAGAAUGUUGAAUUAGUAGAUUAUUGUUUUUAAAUAGAAUUAGAUUAAUUAGACAAAUAUAUCAUGAUGAAGUCGAAAGUGCACCGCCUUAACUGAACCUAUGUACGAGGUUAAACAAGAGUGUAUGGUAUCUAAGAGCUAGUGAUAAUAACGGCUUACAAGUUAAACAUGUACCGAUGUAGGUAAACUAGACUUUUUAUAGUUAAAAUUUGUCUAUUCAAUGGAUAACCUUUGUUCUUUAGUAUGAAUAUGGUUUAACCGAUACGCUAUAAGAUCAUAAAUAAAGCGACAAUUGGUCUUAAGCUUAAAUAUUAUGAUGAUACAAUGAUGUUGUAAGUAAAAAGAGUUGCGUAGAAAUAACACACAUUUGUGAAAAUAUGGUAUGAGAAUUAACGUAUUGCAGAUCUUAGAAUGUAUUUUUGUCGAUGGUGUAAUUAAAAUGCUAUCGAACAAUAUUUCAUUAAUAAAAAUCGGUGAACAAAGACUGAGAUGUUGGCUAAUUAGCCACUGUUUUUAACUUUUCACUUAUAACAUCAUACGAUGAUAUGGAAUUAAUAUUCUUAAUGUCGUGUGCCCCAGUCUUGGCAUGAGACUUUAAAACAAAAUAAAACCUAAAUAAAUACUAAAUAUUCGUUAAGUUUGUAUAUACUAAUAUUUGUCCUAGACUUAAAGGAUAUUACUAAACUUUAGAUACGGGUUACGUUUUCUAUGUGUCGGCAUCUAUUCUAUACAUACAUAUUAAUUACGUUUGAGAAUUUUUAAGUAAUAAUUUUAUGUAAUGCAUUUAUUAGUAUCCUUAACUGUUUAAAUUGUACAGAUUAAAAUAAUUAUUAUAACUAUUCUUUGUAUAUUUUUUCAAAUAUACCGAAAUGCCAAGUGAC